AUGGCAGGAACGAAUACGUCAUCAAAUUCUUCAGAUUUAUUUAAUGGUGGUUCUAGAGUUAUAAGUUCGAGAGCAGAUUCUUCAAGUUCAUCUCAUUUAUCACCCGGGUCUCAUCAUAAGAUAUUAGGUCAUUAUUCAAACUACGGUGGUGGUGGUGGUGGGGGUGACGUGAGCGAAGAUGAACUACCGUCUUGUGCAUUUGCAACGAGAAAUUUAAGAUCCGAACAAUCCAUUCAUUAUAUAGGAUUGCCAGACGAACCAUCGAGUGAAAUAGGAGUAUCGGAUGAUGGUUUUUAUCCUUCUGGUAGCCCAUAUAGAGUUCAAAGACACGCAGCCAACAUUCGUGAAAGGAAAAGAAUGCUUAGUAUCAACUCGGCUUUCGAUGAGCUGAGGAUUCACGUACCAACAUUUCCAUACGAGAAAAGAUUAUCGAAAAUCGACACACUCAGGUUGGCCAUUGCUUACAUAGCAUUACUACGAGAGGUUUUAACCGUCGAAUACGAUCCUUUAACAUACGUUGAAAAAUGUCUUAGGGGUGAAAUAAAAGCAGCCGAAAGAGCCGAAUGGAACACAAGCGAUUUAACCGCGAGAUUAUCUUGGAUUAAUUGGGAAAAUUUAGGUGUUAAUCCAAGCAGAAGAAGCGUUUUGACAACUUUGGCACUAACUGCGGAUUCGAUAAAUACAUAA